AUGCAUGCGCGCUUAUCUAAAGCCUAAAGAGGGAAGGUUGGAAAGGAAAUGGGUGGGAGAGGCGCCGUCUGCGCUAAGUCGCUGCUCCCUGUGCUCUCCACCCGUCUCAGUCCCCUCCGUCGGAUCUCCCAUCUCGCGGUACGCAUGGCCUCGCCCGAUCCCCCCGCCCCUCCCCCCUCCUCCUCCUCCUCCUCCUCCGCCGUCGAUUUCCUCUCCCUCUGCCACCGCCUCAAGACCACGAAGAGAGCCGGAUGGGUGCGGCGCGGCGUGCGAGAGCCGGAGUCGGUGGCCGACCACAUGUACCGGAUGGGCAUCAUGUCCCUCGUGUUCCAGGACAUUCCCGGGGUCGAUCGAGAUAGGUGUGUAAAGAUGGCGCUCGUGCAUGAUAUCGCCGAGGCUAUUGUUGGCGACAUAACUCCAACUGAUGGUGUACCAAAGUUGGAAAAGAGUCGAAGGGAGCGCGAAGCCUUGGACUACAUGUGCAAAUUACUUGGUGGGGGAUCUAGAGCUAAAGAAAUAGAUGAGUUGUGGAUGGAGUAUGAAGAUAAUUCUUCUCCAGAAGCAAAGUUAGUCAAGGAUUUUGACAAGGUUGAGAUGAUUCUUCAAGCUCUAGAAUAUGAAGAUGAGCAAGGAAUUGAUCUGGAAGAAUUUUUUGAGUCUACUGCAGGUAAAUUUCAGACUGAUAUAGGCAAAGCCUGGGCAUCAGAAAUCGCAUCAAGAAGGAAAAGAGGAAAAUAAUGAGGGGGAUGAUAUGGUAUCAAGGACUUAAGAGCUCGUCUUCCCCUGUUUUCCAUUGAUAUGUGCAAUCCUCUGACGUCGUGGUAUUCUGGCCGAUUAAGCCGCUCCUGUAAAGACAGCUGAACUGAGGAAUUUGACGGCAAAUCACAUUGGAUCCCAUCUACUCUAUGUACGCUAUUUCUUCUGUCUCGUCACAUAUUCUGAACUCCUAAUAUUCUGAACUUCUACAUCACCUAAACCACAAGCAAAAGAAAAUGAUGACUUAUUCUACAUCAUGGAGCUUAGAGAUAACCAUCUAAA